AAGCAAGAGAACUGAUUACAAAAGGAGGCCAUCAACAGAGUUUGCUUUAGAUACAGCCCGAUAUCAACUAAAUGUGGUAGAGACCUUUAAGAAGACAAGAGAAAAAUGUAUAAGCUCGAUCUUCCUGUGGAUAUGAAGGAAAGCGCCGCCAUAGAAAGGCGGCGAAAUCGGGAGUUGCAGCGGCAAAGUCGAAUAUUCAACGCCCGAGUACGAACCAUCGGGAUUGACCUAAAUGCACUCAGUGAGCAAGUGAGUGACCGUACAAGACGCGAAGUUGAAGAGCAAAGACGACACAAUGCUUUUGCUGCUGACAUGACAAGAAAUGACAAGAUCGCUGCUUUACUUCAAAAGCGCCAAGAGCAUGACAUUCGUGAGCUGAACAAGGCUGUGAAUGAGUUCCGCCAUUCACAUCAACAGCCAGAUGGUCGACGAGAGUUUGACCUGAAUGAUCCUGAUAGUUUGAAGAAAGACAAGCCAGCCAGGGUCUCAGAUGAUGAUCCACGAUGUGGUGUAGCAUCACUUCAGAAAUUUGUUGGUGAAGAUUUGAAUGGCAAGGCACGUCAAAAGUUACAACAAGAACAGGCCCGGGAAUGGAUUAAACAGCAGACAAAUGAAAAGGACCAAGCCCUUGCAAAUCAGAAGUAUGCAGAUCACUUGUAUGAUUUGAAAGCUAGGGAAAUGGACCAAAGGGCCUGUGAACUUGCAAGUGCAGAAGCAGAUUGUCGCCGUGCAAUAAACAUGGCAACUAAAGACGUGAAUUUAGCUUUGAAGAGAGAGAGACAAGCCAAGGAAGAUGCAGAAAAGCAACAGGAACAAGAUGACAACUUUACUGAAAUUUCUAAUUCUGUGUUUGGCGACAUGCUUACAGAAAACCCUGAUGUGGCCCAGAGUGCCUUUGGACCACACAGAGUUAUUACUGAUCGGUGGAAGGGCAUGAGCCCAGCUCAACUUGCUGAAAUAAGGCGCAUUCAAAAGGCACAGAUGGACGAUAAGGAGAGGCUGAAACAGCAAGAAGAAGAGCAGGAAAAAGAAUACAACAGACUGAGGCUGACACAAGCCAAGGCAGCAAUACUGGCUGAGCGUAGCAUUGAAAGAAAGAAAAAGGAGAUUGACAGAGACCAGGCUGAUGAGAACAGAAGACUGUCAGCUGAACAGAGGGCAAAGCUUGAAUACUUGGACCAAGAGGUCUACACUAAUGCUCCUACAGCAGCGUACUUUAUGCAGUUCAACACAAACAGUAGAUGAGACAUUCUUGUCAGUUUAAUACAUUGUAGUUACGAUGUCCACUGCAAAACCUUUCGUUGACUUUUUGUGUAUUUUAAAAGAUCAUAAAUUGCAUCUGGGAGCGUCUUGCUAAGGUUUGAGAAACUCAAAUGAUGUGAACAAAGCUUCAAUCUGCAAGGUGUCUGCCAUUUUAAAGAAUUUUAUUUAGUCUUCAGAAUUUUAUUUACACUGAAUGUAUAUCUUUAUGUACAUGGCAAUAAAUUUAAGAAAAUUUGUGA